AUGUCCACAAUCUCUGAACGCCCCUUGUCGCCAACGGCAGCAACGCCAUGGAACACCAAGAACCUGGGGAUGCGCCUUGGUGUAGAUACUGCCAGUGCUGCCGCGGCCGGAGCUUUAACGUGUCCGGUCAUCACGGUCAUUGAUCGAGCUAUCAUCGAGAAAGCCGCCAAGGGACUCCCUAUCGGCCAGACUAUUUCGUCCUGCUUUGGUUCGAUGCUGCGAAAACCCAGCGGAUUCUUCCUGAGCACACCUUUUCUCCUGAUUUACACCUUGUACACCUCGACCUAUUUGACCGCCAAUGUCAUCGAUACUGUUACCUCGACGUUGCGGAAUCAGUCCUUUUCCACCAUCUUCCCAGGCACGGCGAAAUUUAUCACGACGACGGCGGUGAAUAUGGGUAUUUGCGUAUACAAAGAUGCCAGAUUUGCUCGGAUAUUCGGGGCACCACCACCGCCAUCAUCGACACCGAGAAGCGCGCCGCCCCCUGUCAAGAAGGUCCCCAAUGUUUCAUAUGGCCUCUUCUGUCUCCGCGACAGCAUCACCAUUUUUGCAUCGUUUAAUAUUCCAGCGUUGAUUGCGCCCUCGAUACCCGAUUACGUUGCCUCCACACCCGGCAUGAAAGCCGCGAUUGCUCAAUUCUCGUGUCCCGCGCUGAUGCAAUUCGCCAGCACACCAAUGCACCUGCUGGGGCUGGAUCUAUACAAUCGCCAACCGGCGGGUGGACUAGGGUGGCAAGAACGGUUAUUGCGUAUUCGACGCGAUUACGUCCCUAGUUGCUUUGCGCGAAUGGGCAAGAUUGUUCCUGCGUAUGGUGUUGGUGGUGUUGCUAAUGUGCGGAUGAGAACGGCUCUGAUGGAACGAUUGGAGCAGAGCUCGUGA